AUGAGUUCUUUAGCCGAAUGUGCCACUUAUUGUGAUCAAAUAUUUACAUUUCCAAAAACUGUUCGUUUGCGUAUCUCGUUACAACAUAUAUCUGAUUUAGCGUUAUUGAUGCAAUGCAAUACUUUACCGCAUAUAGAAGAUCUUCAUGUUACAAUGGAAACAGGAAUAUAUACCUCACAUCAAUUAGAUAAUUGGUAUGAGAAUGCACCUUGUUCUAUAUUAUGUCCUAAUGAUUUAAAUACAACUGGAGCCAAUCUACCACAUCUACGCACAUUACAAUUGCGACAAGUAGACAUUACUAAUGUUAUUGAAUUGAUACAACAUGUGAAAUCAAUGUGUCAACUUGAAUCAUUAAUUUUGGUGAACUGUAAUGUUAAAGAUAAGAAUGAACUUAUUGUAUUUAAAAGCUGUAUUAGAAAUUUUAUGAUUUGUCUGCGUUGUCUUCGUUUUCUAUUUUAUUUACCUGCUGAAACCAAACUUGAAAAAAUUGAUCUCGACUGGUUUAAUUUAAGUCAUCAUACUGUUGAAUAUGAGAUAAAUGGACUAAUGGUACUUUACACAGUUCCAUAUCCAUUAAAUAGUCAACGACAAGUAUAUAAUCAUACGUUUGGACGACAGUCGACAAUUAAUAAUAAUAUUAAUCAUAUUGAAUGGAUAAUUGAUUGUGAUCCUUUAUCUAUUGAUACUACUCUUACUCAUUUUCAAUAUGUUAAUUCACUUGUUUUAUUUUUUGAUAUUAAAGAAAUGAAUAUAAACAUAGAUUCUUGGCAUGUAUUACUUCCAUUUUUACGUCAUCUGAAACUUAAUUUUGAUUCGAAUCCAAUCAAAUCUGGGAUAUCGUAUUAUCCAUCUGUAACACCGAGUCAUUAUCGUUGCAUUAUUCUUGAGCAAUUUCGUAAAUGUGCUUCUGCACUUGAGUGUUUGACGCUACACUGGUAUGACCUUGAACUUCUUCUUGAACAUUCUUCAUCACCUUGGCCAUUCGUUCGACAACUUAAUAUUCGUUUGAAAUCACGCACAAACUUUCCAUCUGCAUCUUUGAUCAAACAAUUACCAACGAAUAAAGCUUUUCCUCAACUACAAUAUCUUUCAUUUAGUGGACGUCGUUUCUCACUCAAUCCAUCGAAACCACUCGCAACUUGGAUCCUUUUAUGUUUCGAUGCUCUCGUAUCUUCAUCAAAAUUCAUCAUAUUACAUGUAAAUAGAUGUUAUGUUACUCAUCGAAGUUUUCCUCUUACAUCUCGUGACAUACUUCUGACACUUCUUACAGAACAUGUUCGUUCGAGAAGUGAUCACUAUUCAUCAUCUAAAAUCGUUAUCGAUGAGAAUGAAGAGAUAAUUAUUUGGCUUUGA